UUUCGGGACGCACAUCCAAGGGGCACAAGUUACAUUACCCAAUGGUGGAGUACUGCACUUCAACAACAUCAGGUGAAGAUGUGCGUGAUUUCACCAAGGUGCUGAAAAAUAAGUUCAGAUCAAAGAAAUACUUGGCCAAGCAUCCUCGUUUGGGUUAUUUCCCAGUACAAACAGUCCUAGAAGGACACAAUCAUCGCCUUGGAAGCUUCAUCACGAUACUACUUUGCAUUUCUGAAGAGGGAAGAAGAAAUCAACAUGCAAAUUCAAUUCCAUGGUUUUGGAAGUCCCUUUGAGAACACGAUUCAUUUGCGCCGGCAUAAUGCUCUG